AUGGAGAUGUGGGACUGCACCCUGCCGUGGGAGAUGUGCCAGGGGCAGAAAGGGAAAUACCCAGGGCGAAGAAAGUAUCAGGGGCAGCAGCAGAUCGGCCAGGAGAUGGAGAUGAGAUUCCGCUGCAAACCAGGAAAACCUUGUACUUGUGCUGCCUACGCUGUCAGCACCUCGGAGCUGCUGCGGAGGCUGAGGUUUCUCAGAAUCACUGCCUAUGGUGUGGCAGAGACCGAUCCUCCGUCCAGAAUGGUCAGGCAUGGCUGCUGGGCAGUGACGGGGCCCGACAAAGUGCAGGGAUUCCUGGGGGGGUCCCUCUCGGUGACCUGCAGGUACGAGCCCGACUGGGAGAUGCAGCCGAAAUUCUGGUGUGUCCCGGGAACACUUUACACCUGUGGUAAAGAAAUCGUCAUCACUUCGAGGCAGCAGCCCGAGGUGCGGCGGGGCCGGUUCUCCAUCCGGGACAAUCGUGAAUCGCGGGAGAUCACGGUGAUGGUGCACAACCUGACCGGGAGGGACAGCGGCACCUACGUCUGUGGGGUGCGAACGGGAAAAGCCUCGUUUGAUCGGAGUCACCGUGUGGAGGUGAUCGUGUCCCCAGGUCUGUACUUGUGCGCCCCCGGGUCCAGCAUUGCUGUGUAG